AUGUCAAAUAAAUUGAAACGACGCCAAAUAGUAGCCACUAAUAUCAGUUCAGUGAACUUUCCAGCUUUCGGUGAGCAGCUGCAAACCAUUUCUUCAUUUCUUCUGAUGACUUUAGUAUACAAAAGUCUUCUUUCCCAAAAUAUAUUGUUUCCCAAUUCUUCAAAUAUUUCUUGUCGGAGAAAACCAGCUUUAGAAAGAGGAGCUGGAAAAAGACUGCAAAUUGUAAAUUCCCAAAAUAAGAAGAAAUGUUUGAGGUGCAAUACUCUUUAUCAAGACGAAGAUAAUUCCCUCAUUGCCUGCUCUUUCCACGGCCACACUAAUGGCCAAUCACCAUGCAAUGGUACAAUAGCUGAGUGUAACGAAGAUUUGGAGAUAUUAAUGGAGUCUGCUAUUAGUAGAAGAUUUCUUGAAGAAAGAAAAAAGUAUAUUUCUCCUGGAGCUUUGAAAAGAGAUCAACCGGUUUUAACCCUCAUGGGUUGGCCUGGUGGCAAUUGCCUUGAGCAUUGGGGUUUGCUCUCAAGUUCGAAACUCACUAGGUGCAAACAAUUUCUGAGGGCAUCGGACUGGGUAAAACCUGAAUUAACCAUGGUACACUUGUGGGAAACUCCUUGCCGAGGGCCUGUGCACCCCCGGAAUUAGUCGGGGCUCGAAGAGACUCGGACACCCGGUGCAAAUCAAAGAGAUCAACCAGUUUGUAAUGGCGGCGAACCGUAUUUCCGAAGCUGCCUUCCGCCGCCGUCGAAUCCGUAUAAUAGAGGUUGUUCUAAGUAUUAUCGUUGUAGAGGUGAUCGAUGAAAUAAAAAAAGGGUGAUUCUGAAGAUAGAUUUAAUAAGGGAGGAAGUCUAGAAAGAUAUCAUUGACUUGGCAAGAAUAGGAUUUCAUCUAAUAUCAUUGACUUAAGCUUGUAUGAGAAUUAUGGCAAAGGAAAGAAACAGAGGAAGAACAAAAUUUCCAUACCA